AUGUGUGAAGAUUUGAAACCGGAUCGCAUAAGAUGCGAGGCAUGUCGCACCAUCAACUUGGCGAAAGCCGGCUCCCAGCCGAAACCAGACAUGCAAAUGUAUGAAAAAUGCAGCCCUACUAAAAGAUUAGUUUGCCCUCCUGUUGCCGAAUUCCCGGUACAACCUACUUGCAUCAAAGUAUGCAGUAAAGAAGAGUAUAAUAUGAAAAAAUCUCCUAAAAAAGUGACAAAGAUACCGUUACCGUAUGCACAUGGGAAACUAAUGUAUGCAGUUAAAGCUGGUAUCCUGGUAGGGAGUGUUUACUUUACGUACUCGCAAGGAGUGUGGGGUAAUCAACAAGACGUCACAGAGUGCAUACGUCGUUGGCAAGAAUACAUACGCAGUAUCAACACGAGACGCCCACCUGUAUUCGACCAGUGCGGUAAAGUCAUUAGAAGAGACUCUAGCGAAAGUAUCUUGGCACCCGCGUACGCAAUUUACAAGUAUGUUGUGACGACUUGCUUUUCAGGUGUUGUGAAAGUCCCGUUGCUGAUAAAAUGUGCGUAUAUAAAUUAUCUGAAAGCGUUGGAAAGAAGGCGUGACGAGCUAGACAAGGAAAGGAAAAUAAGGAAAACUUCAAAAGUCACGUGAAAAGAUUCUUUAAUCGUCAUCAGUGAAAAAAUAAAUAUUAAUUUUACGCAAUCGAUUAUAAAAAAUUGUAAAAAUAAUUUUGUUUUUCUUGAUUGUACCUUCCUUUAGAUAUUCGUAACACAUCACAAACAUUAAGUAAGCGUCAAUAAAAAAUAUUCAAAGAAUUUAUUUAUGCCAAACAAAUUCUGCACAUAUUUUUUUAAUUUUCUAUAGAUUGAAACAUCGGGAUAGCUUUAUAAUUUUAUUCGUUAAUCAAAAAUUGCUUACUCAAUAGUAUUCGGACCCGUAUCUUUUAUGAAAUCUAAUUCGGCAAUUAUGUACAAACUAACUAUUUUACAUUUUUAAUUACUUAUAGAGUUACCUAAAAUUUUUACUGUUGGGUACCUAGUUAAUGCAAUUUUCUAGAAUUUCAGCUGUUAGAAAACUGGAUUGUGUUGUGGCUAGAUUUACAAUUCUUGAAAUAUUAUAACCUUUGCCUGGCGUUACAUGAUGCUUAUAGGUAGCGUGGUCAGGCGUCUGGAUAAAGCCG